CUCAGUUGGGUCGGUGAGCGCGAGCCUCUCCAUCCUCUCCUAAAGCCCUUUACUUUGCGCAUGUACAGCCAAACAGAACAUUUCACCGACUCCAAGAUGGCGUUAACACCACUGGCUUGCGUUCUGCUUCUCCUUUCCAUGCAAUGUUACAUCAGCACCUUGGCAGUCCUCCUGAAGUCGACGAAUUCUAAACCGUGGGUCAACGAGUUUGAAUCAAUCGAGCUGUCCUGCAUGAUCGAGUCCAUCACCACCACUAAACCCAGAAUAGAGUGGAAGAAGAUUAAGAAUGGAGACCCAAGCUAUGUGUAUUUUGAUAAUCAAAUAUCAGGUGACUUGGAAAGGAGAGCAAAAAUUCGAGAGCCUGCAACCCUGGUCAUUCUCAAUGCCACAAGAUCGGACAGCGCUGACUACCGCUGUGAGGUCACAGCACCCAAUGACCAGAAAUCCUUCGAUGAGAUCUUGAUAUCACUCACUGUACGAGUGAAGCCAGUCGUGCCAAGAUGCUCUGUGCCCAAGUCUAUCCCGGUGGGCAAACCAGCAGAGCUGCAUUGCCUGGAGGAUGAAGGCUACCCAAAAUCUCAAUACCAGUGGUUCCGCAACAAGGAGGAAAUCCCGCUAGAUCCCAAGAGCAGCCCAAAGUUCUUCAACUCCACUUACACCCUAGAUGGGGAAAUGGGCACGCUGAAAUUCAGUGCGGUCAGGAAGGAGGACGCGGGAGAAUAUUACUGCAGAGCCAAAAAUGAGGCUGGCAUCUCUGAAUGUGGACCGCAGAUGAUGGAAGUUUAUGACAUCAACAUUGCCGGCAUCAUCUUGGGAGUCGUGGUGGUGGUGAUGGUCCUCUUGUGUAUAACAGUGGGCAUCUUCUGUGCCUAUAAACGUGGCUACUUCACCAGCCAGAAGCAGACGGGAAACAAUUACAAACCUCCAGCAAAAGGAGAUGGAGUGGACUAUGUCAGAACAGAGGAUGAGGGGGAUUUCAGGCACAAAUCCUCAUUUGUCAUCUGAGAGGAGGAAGAUUUCUGAUGGAAGAGAUGCAGAAUUACGUUCGAUUUAUUGGCGCUAUUUUACCUCGCAGACACAAAUCCCCAAAUGAGGACACAGAUGUCAGAGCUGCCACGGCACGUGCCUCGCUUUACGACACAACAGUGACUACAAAACUUGUAUUUGCCAAAGGUGACAAAUAAUCGCAUCUGAUCACUGUUUAAAGACGUAUUAGAUGUUACUCUUUUCAACUUUUACAGCCCCUUUUUACGACUGACUAAAAUCUCAAAUUUGAGUAGAAGCCGAUAAAUACAGUAGUACAUCCAGAAAACGUUUUCCUCAAGCUCUUCUGUCACUUUGAGAACAUUUGUUUUGUACUAGCUAAAUUUCUCAGACUAUUUUUGAUGGAAUAUAUUUUAAAAAUGCCUAUAGAAAUCAAAAUGUUUUACUUUUUUAAAUAUUUGUAAAAUACUAACCUGGAAGCCAGUACCUUUUAGUUUUAGCUUCUUUUUUUUUGAUUGUGACUAAGUUUAAACCACUCACUUCACAUCCUCGGUUUUCGUUCUACAACAUGCAAACGAUGCACCAAACCACUCGACGUGUGGAUGUUUUGUUUUCCAGUUCAAAUCCUUUCAGUCGCAUAUCCAGCGAACACCGGCUUCAAUCAAAGGUCUUAUGUAAUGACAAAACUGCUGGGAUUUCAUGGUAGUAGUGAAAGGACGUUCCAUGUUCAUGUUUGUAGAUAGUCUUAGACGGUGAACAUCUUCAGAAAAACACCAGCAAAAAAAAACAAACAAACAAAAAAAAAA